GCGCGGGCGAGCGGCGGCCGGGCUCCGGGGCCCGGGGCGCGGGCGGCGCGGGGCGGCGGCGGGGCCGAGGCCGGGCGCGGGUCCGCGGGCGCGCCCAUGACGGCGGCCGUGCUGCGGGAGGGCGUGCUGGAGAAGCGCAGCGGCGGGCUGCUGCAGCAGUGGAAGCGCAAGCGCUGCGUGCUCACCGAGCGCGGGCUGCAGCUCUUCGCGGCCAAGGGCGCGGGCGGCCGGCCCAAGGAGCUCAGCUUCGCCCGCAUCAAGGCGGUGGAGUGCGUGGAGAGCACCGGGCGCCACACCUACUUCACGCUGGUGACCGAGGGCGGCGGCGAGAUCGACUUCCGCUGCCCGCCCGAGGACCCCGGCUGGAACGCGCAGAUCACCCUGGGCCUGGUCAAGUUCAAGAACCAGCAGGCCAUCCAGACGGUGCGCGCUCGGCAGAGCCUCGGGGCCGGAACCCUCGUGUCCUAGGCCGCGGGCGAGCUUCUUCGCCCCCCCCCCCCCGCCGCCACGGACGCGGGGCCGGAGGCCGCGGCAGGUGCCGCUCCCUCCCGUGGGAACGGGGCGCAGGUUGAGGAAGGCUCUAGCUGUCAUGUCUCUGGUGGAAACCUGGGUGCCCUCGGCCCGCUGCCCUGACCCUGUGUGUUCUGCAGCUUCUCAGCGCGCCAGCUUCCGUGUCCCCUUCGGCUCGUGGGGCGUGACUGUGCUCCGCUGGACGAGGCAGAGGCCGUGGACGCGUGGAGGCGGCGUCAGAGCCGCCGGGGCCGGGGCGGAGGGCGAAGGCCACGCAGGGCUGAGGAUGAAGAUUCAGCCCCUGGGAACCCAGACCCUCAGGACCCUCCGGCCACUGGCCGGGCCUCCGAGGUCAUGAAGGAGAGCUGGCACCACAGCCCCGGCCGCCGCGGCCCGCCCUUCCUCCUGCAGACCGCCAUCAGCCCCCCAGCUGGCUGCCGCGCACUCCCCGGGGGGCGCUUAGCCAGCGCCCCAGGACUCAGGAGGCCAGCCUGGCGCUCAGAAGAGCAACCGCCUGGGUGGGCCUCUGGACUCACUUUGGUGGGGGGCGCCGAUGAGCCUUGGGAGUCGUCUGCUGCUUGGGUCCUUGGGACCCCCCCCCACCCAGGCCUCUCUUUGCACAGUUCUUACCCCCUCCCGCCCCUCUUCCCCCCACUGCGGUGCUAGGCCUGGAGGUGGGGGUGCGUGGGGGGUCCGCCUUUACCAUGUCACGCUUGUCCCCAAAUGCAGCUGCUCCGCAAAGGGCAGCGACCACACUGUUUGCUGGGUGAAAUUCUUUGCCUGCUAAGACCUGGUGCUGGAGCGUCUGUCUCCUCACCCCCACUUUCCCAACCUACACCCCGUCCUGAAAUCUCCAGCCUGGGGAGGGACAGACCCUGAAACCCAGGGGACUUGGCCCCAGAGGUCCUAGGGGAGGGACCAGGAGGCCUGCGCCGGCAGACGCAGUCUGGAGAGAGGCCUUCUGCCGGCUCUCCUGGGCAGGCGCCCUGCAUCCUGGGCAGAGCUGUCUCUGUCAUUUGCACACUCAGGUCUCGUACAUUAACUCUGUAUGUCUCCCCUACGGGAUGGUUGAAAAGGAAUCAUUCCAGCAGCGGGGAAACCGAGGUACAGACUUACACAGAAACUGCCCGUCGGGUAACGCACGUCUGGCGUCCCCUGCAACGAUUCGGGGUCCCUCAGUGCUUCCAACCUCUUUGUUCCCCAUCAGCUUCCUCCUCCCAUCCAAUCAUGACCUCUGUCUUUGUCCCCUUCCCUCAGAGUCCUCUUCGGCUUCUUGCUUAUCUGAUAUGUGAACUACAGCUAACAAUCAAAUAAGAACUUGCAAGUUACAAAGGAAUUUUUACAGAUAUCUAUUUACGAUCUCCUAGGCUGCACACCCAGCCCACGGUGGCAAACAAGCAUCGCCGUCCGCGCCAGCUAGCGGCUGUGGUCCAUUGGUGAUGUCUGCCAUGAGCUUUGGGAGGAAAGUGGGGCGGUUGGCAGCUCUUAUUUCUAUGUGGGUGGAGGAGGUGGGGGAGCGCGUGGUGCCUGACACCGUUUCCGUGAUUCAGACUACUUGAAAGGCUUAGCUUCUCCAUCCUACUAUAAGACAGCAGCCUCUAGAAUAGAAUCCUUGCUCUUUGCAUCAAACCCAAAGGUGGCUUUGGUGAUGGUGAUGGAGGGGAUCUGGGGAGGCUUCCAGACACUCAGAAAUAGGAGCAUGUUUGUGCAGAUGGAGUCGGGAUGUAGGACACACGCACCUGGCAAACACUCUGAUGCCGCUUACAGCCGGGUGUGCACUGGGCGUGGAGCGCGGAGCUGGAGACACACCUGAUCCAAGCCCAGAGCUCGGGGCGAGGAAGUGCCUGCUGUGCCAGUAGAGGAGGCGUGAGCAGCACAGGGCACCAGCUCUGCCUUCUGCCUGGCACCAUGCUGUCCUCCGCAGAGCUCGAGGGGUCAGUCCGGAGCUUGGCUGUAUAGCGCGGUGGGGGGGCACAGCCGGUGUGGGCUGUCUGGGGGUGGGAGGACACAGUGCAGGGGGGCUGGGCUCCAGUUCCUGGCCCUCCCUGCGUUUUGGGAACACCCAGCCACGCGGGUUCCAAGUAUGCGUUGGUUCCUGUCCAAACCCAGCUUUGGCUGCUCCGCUUGCUAGGAGGUCCCAGCCCCUCUGCAGGGUGUGCUGCUGCAGGACCCCCAGCACAGGCCCUCGACUGCGGCUGGCACGCAGCUGGCAGGCGCAGGGGGUGGGCGCCGGGAUGGGGUAGUCACUUUAACCCGAAGCUGCCUGGAAGCGCCAAGAACCUGCAGCACAGGGGUGGGGCUCACGCAGUGAGUUUUGUUUUUCAAAAGAUAUGUGGCCUCUCUGGGGCAUCUCUGCUUCCUGGGGUCAGGGUGUCUUCGCCUCUUUGGCAACUGAGUUUGGCAGAAGGAGCAUGGGCCCUCCCUCCAGGGGUGCUUGGCUGGACCCGGGGGCAGGGUCAAGGCCUUCUGGGGGCACGGAGGGGCCCUGACAGUGCCAGCAGACAACCACAAGAUGGAAAAACUUGGCUCAGUGGGGGCGGAGAACACUGCAAGGCCAGGGUGGGGCGGUGGCCACCAUGUCUCGGCCCGGAAGCCCCGGCUCACCCCUGCCUGAUCCCUGAGUCGUCAGUGAGAAUGAGCCGGGGCGAGUCCCGGCCGGGAGGCGGGGAGGCCGGAGGCCGCUGAGGCGGGGUGGCGCGGGGGGAGGGCCGGGCUGGCUCUGGUCCGGUGAGCUGGGCUGGGCGUGAGGCUUUGGCAAGAGCCAGCCCGUUGCAGGGCGUGGGAACAAGUGCAAAGAGCCGCCGGGAGCAGAGGGUCUGCAGCGGGGGGUGCGGGCAUGGCGCCGUGACCCUGGAGUCUGGCCUUCCCCGGACGCUGCCGUGGGGAGGCGCCUUGGUCACCCCGCCGGGCCCGGGGCGCAGGGACCCUGGCAAGGCUCUGUGAGUCACUGUGUGCAGAGGCGGCACGUGGGCCCGGGCCGCCUCCUCUGGGCCACCUGAGCGUCCCGCCCAGGACGCAGUUCAUCCCCCGAUGAAAACUUCCCGAGGCUGCCCUGCCGCCCUGGGAGGAAGUCCCAGCCCCAGUCCCAGGAGCUGUGCCCUCUGGGUCAGGGCUCUUUGCAGUGUCUGUCCCCAGGCGGGGCCCCUGCGUGCGCAGCACCUGGUCCCAGAACCAGCAGGGGGCCUUUGCACCCCCCCCACUGCUCCCCUGCCCGAGGGGAGCCUCCCCGCUCGGUCCAGGCUGGGGACCUGCCCUCUGCUCCUCGGCCGUGGCUCUCCCGUCACCACACUGCCUGGAGACGGCUGGUCACUCCCGUCCCUGGUGUGUUCCCGCUGCCUCCGAGUUCCUGGGACGUGGCAGGCUCUUCAUCAUCCAGACGGCAGUUGGGAACGGAGCUCGCUCUGGGGGCACUGACCGUGGUCAGCACGAGGGAGCCUGCCGUGUCCAACCCCUCAGGUUGUGGAUUCAGUUUUACGUUCAGAAACGGAGGCCCAGAGAGGUUAGGUGACUUGUUAGGAGUCACACAGCGGCUAAUGGGUGGAGGAACCCGGACGUCACCCGGCCGCGGGCCUCUAGACGUGCUCUCCGAGCCCCACCCCGGACGAGCACAUCUCACGGGAUGAGCGGGUGAGUGACUGAGUGAGUUUGCCUGUGAUUUCCUGGGAGAAGGGAGCUCACAGGCGGCCACAGAGAGUAAGCACUGAGGCCUGGCGGCCGCAUGACGGCCAAGAAGGGACCCUCUGUGGGCUCGGGGGGGGAGGCUGCAGGGGUGGAGGGGUGACCCCAGCCAGGCCUUGCAACAGGGCUGGGUCUAACCACUGGAGGGGACGCAAGGAGGCGUCCCUGGGUUGGGAGGGUCUGUGUGCCCACAGGAACACGGCAGGAUCCCCUGGGACAAAGGAGGGACCCCGGGUGUGGGGGGUGAGGGCGCUGGGGGCAGUGGCGGUCCUGUGUGGGCCCAAAUGCUGUCCGUCUCAUCAGCUGGGUACAGGGUCCCCUCAUCCUGCAGGGACGGGGGCUGUGGGCCCAGCAGAUGUGACCCUGUGUGGCAGCGGCCGGUCCCAGAGCCCCACAGAUAGGGCUCACCCCCUGCUGGGGUGACCAGCCACCCCAGCUUGCCUGGGACUGUCCUGGUUUUAGCUGGAGAAGGCUCUGAGAGCUCUGUGUCCCCAGAAGCCCCUUCGUCCCAGGCACUCUGGGACAGUUGGUCACCUCCCCACCGCCGUCCAGGGUCAGGAAGCCUGGCCUCGCCCACCCUCCCCAUCUCAGCAGUCGUCUCUGCCCACGGCCCUGGCCUGAGAAGGGACCGUGUCUCGGGCUGUGAGCUACUGUGCGAUAGCCCAGGGGCACCGCCCCGCUACUCAGGGGCCAGUGGAGUUUCCUGCUGUCCUCAGAGGACAGACAGGCCCCCGGCUGCAGGGAGGAAGGAGGGCCAGGUGUCCUCAGGGCUCUCCAAUCAGCUCCACCUCUGCCGCAACGGUGCUGGGCUACCCCCCUGCCAGGUGCUGUCCCAGAGCAGCUGGACAGGGAGGAGGGCUUGCAGCGGGGCAGAGCUGUGGGGUGUGGCAGGAUGCAGGGAACGAUCCAGGCCGUCCUUCCGAGGGGAUAAGAUUCUGACUCUCAGAGGGCGGGGAGCGCACAGGGGAAGCCGUGGCUGGGGCAGAGGCGCCAGGGCCGGAGAAGGUGAGCAGCCACAGAGCCUGGGGGUGCAACAGGCGAGCGCGGAGGAGGUGGCCGACUUGGAGGCCCCGGGCUGCGGUCCCCACUUCUCCUUCCAGGCAGCGGGAGCCCAUUGCCAAGCCGCUGUUCUUACACAAACACCCCUUCAUUUUAUUACACACAUCCAUUCAUUGAAGAAAAAUGUGAAAGGACAGACAGUUAUGAAGAAGGAAGCAGGUAUCACCUCUGUGUUCCCAUCUUUCAGAGAUAAGCUUUGUUAGCAUUUUGGUGUAUUUUCUUCUACAUUUACUCCUAUGCAAAUAUGUAUGUAAUACAUAAUUAUUACAUAUGAUUUGUAAUAUGUAACCACUUUUUACACACGGGGUCAUACUGUGUGUGUUACACCUCGACUUCUUAUGUAUAAUGCACAGUGUUGUGAGGCCAUGACUUUAAAUAUCUUAACGCCUAUAUAUCACUCUAGUAUGUUCACUAGUAUCUAUUUCACAUCCCCUCCCUCAUUAGUUGGAUCCCUGUGUUCUUUUUUUUUCUUUUAAUAUUUAUUUAUUUAUUUAGGCUGCACCAGGUUUUAGUUGUGGCAUGCAGGAUCUUUAGUUGUGGCAUGUGGACUCUUAGUUGUGACAUGCAUGUGGGAUGUAGUUCCCUGACGAGGGAUCGAACCCAGGCCCCCUGCUUUGGGGGCACAGAGUCUUACCCACUGGACCACCAGGGAAGUCCCGGAUCCCCAAGUUGUUUUAGUUUUUUUGUUUAAUAUAUAUAAGGCUGCAAUGAACACUUGCCUAUUUAAAUCUCUGUGUCUCUCUGUCUUGUGUGUCCAUCCCUGAAUCUUCCUGAUUACAGUAACACUCUGUCACCAGAUCUCUAACAGCAUUUGCCACUCAGUGAUACAGAUAAUACUUGAGUCCAUCUUCCCUGGUUGACUGUAGUAUCUUCAGACAAUUUGUGUCUUGUCUAUUUUUCUUUCUAUCCUCAGAGAAAACUGCAGGUCUGAUGCUUGGUAGGUGUUCAAUAAAUCUUGCGGAAGGUACAAAUAAACAAAAGAGAUCAAUAUUCCCCCACCCCCCAAAAAAUCUCUGUGUCUCUGGAUGUUUCUUUAAAAUAAUUCUUGUUUUAAAGUUGUCUUCUUUUUAAAAAAAAAUCGAAGUAUAGUUGAUGGACAACAUUAUAUAAGUUACAGGUGUACAAUAUAGUGGUCCACAAUUUUUAAAGGUUAUACUCCAUUUACAGUUAUUAUAAAAUAUUUGCUGUAUGCCCUGUUAUACACUACAUCCUUGCAGCUUAUUUUAUACAUAAUAGCGUGUACUUUUCAGCCCCCUAACCCUCAUGUCACCUGUCCCCCCUUCCCUCUCCCCACUGAUAACCACUCGUUUGUCCUCUGUAUCUGUGAGUCCACCUCUUUUUUGUUAUAGUCGCUAGUUUGUUGUAUUUUUUCAGAUUCUGCAUAUAAGUGGUAUUAUGCAGUAGUUUUAGGAGAAUUCUUAGAGCGGCACGGCUGGGCCUGCUGGAGGGCCGGGAGGUGUGGGUGUGCCGCCUCAGGAGGGCUGGUGGUCGCAGAGGAGGGAGA